GCGCGCCACCUGUGUUCCCACAGACGGUAAAGUGUAGUCUAUUCUAGCUACCGGGGAAAGGUAUUUUGACAUUACGUUAUCCUGUAAAUAAAGAAUGGAACUUGAUGCAAAUUUCGAAGUAGCUGAAUCGACUAUGAAGAAUAAAAACUGUGAUAACUUGCCUGUACCUCUGAAUACCUGUUGGACAUUUUGGAUUGAUAAGACUGAAAGAGGAGCUUCUGCAGCUGAAUAUGAAGCUAGCCUUCAAAAAGUCUAUACUGUCGAUACAGUUCAGACCUUUUGGAGUGUAUAUAACAACAUUCCUGAUGUUCAAGAACUUCAGAAAAAGUACAGUUAUCAUCUUAUGCGAGGGGAGCGAAGGCCAUUGUGGGAAGAUGAAGCUAAUCGGAAAGGAGGUUCAUGGCAUUUUAAAGUCAAUAAGUUUGAUUCACCUUGUGUCUGGAAGGAACUUUUGUUAGCUGCCAUUGGAGAGCAAUUUGCUGACUGUGUUAAUGAAGGUGAUGAUGUCUGUGGUGUAAGUGUAACUGUCCGAGAGAAGGAUGACAUAAUACAGGUGUGGAAUAGUGAUGCUAAUUUAGGAACAGAAGGAAUUAAACAUAAAGUUAAUGAGCUUUUACCUGGGGUAAAAUUCACUACAGAAUUUUAUAGAGCUCAUUAUACGCAUCGUUCUUAUGAAAGUGAGAAGAAUCUUAAGCAUUAGCUUUUGUAAAUAUCCAAACAGAAAUGUUAUUUUUUUACAGAGAAGCAUUGUUAACUGCAAGGAUUUAUUACUCCCCUUUACGUACAAAUAAAAACUAUUUUCAUGCAUGAAAUCUUUAUGUUCUUGUGCAGCCUAUUAAAUGUUAAAUUAAACUCUUGUAAAAUAAAUCAUAAACUUGUACAUUUUUACAUUAAUUUCUUCCAAAAUUAUGUAGGGCAUUGUGCAAUCUUUCUGUGCCUAAUAAUAUAUAUUGUAUGUUUUCAAGUUUAUGAAUAUUAUGGAAAUGUUUUUAGUUGAAAACUAAUUCAAAAAUAUGUUUUAUGAAUUUGCAAUGAGCCGAGGAAUAAGUUUUAAGAAUGUCAGAUAUGUACAUUUGUUAAGCUGUAUUUUUUAUAUUAAAUGUUAUUUUAAGACUCAACUUGAUUUUGAUCAUUACUUUUCAGACAUACACAAUGGUUAGCCUUCCAUUAUUUGUACUAUGGAUUCUGCAAUUUUAUUUGCAAAGUAUCUGGAGUUUUAUGAGAGCUUACAUUUCAUUUCUUGUAAUAAUAUGAUUUGUUCAGUGUUUUAAUAAAAUGCAUAUCAGUUUUUA